UGUGUCCCCAGUGUGGGCGUUAACCUGGCCCUGCUUGGGUUUAAAUAUGCAGGCUCUGCCUUUGCCUCUGCCUGCAAAGCCUGAUUACUCAGAGCGCACAGAAAAAGAGAAUAAGAGAGUUUGCGCGUGUGCUUUGAAACUCAUCGACAACACAUUAUGGAAAACUUUGGCGAGAUCAUCCCAUUUGCGAAGGAGAUGCUGACACAGAGACCCAGCCGGAGCAUGCUGAAGAUCUACAUGCUCGGCUCUACUCUGGCAAUGCUUGGUAUGGUCGGGGGACUGGUAGAGAUGGCUUUCCUGCCCUUUGUGGAGAGAGAUACUGAGGAGGAUGAACCAGCAGAGCUUAUCAUCCUGAAGAAGAAGGAGAAGAAGCAGGUGCUGAAGCCACACACUGCCUCUGCUGAUAGUGAAGUUGUUGAUGUGGUGGAUACAGUAAUGCCUGAGGAAAAAGCCAAAUAUCUUUUGACUUCAAGGCGGAGAAGCUCGGCCAACCGCUUACAUGCUUCUUAAAGAAACUUUCUCCUCUUCACAUAAAUGGACACUAGAGAUGAUGGUAAUGUUGGUAAAUCAAGUCAUUGUGUGGAAAUGGUCCCUUCGUGCCCAUUCUUUAUUUCAAAAAUUGGUUAAAUGUGCAGUUUGCUCCUGUUGACUGGGUAAAAAAUGAGAUGAGAUACAGUGAAGACUGCGGGUUA